AUGCCCAUUGACCAGCCCUACUGGGAAUUCGAAAAGCCUAAAAUCCACCCAUCUUUCAGCUUCUACCUUCCCCUUACCAGGUGCUGCUGCUGCUGCUGCUGCUGUUGCUUCAGCCUGGCCAACAUGGUUUCAGCCAGAACCAGCCAGCCUUCCGAAGGAGCCGUCCAAGGUGCGGCCUUCAGUAACUCCCUGAGAGUUCUGACUGAAACCGGAGCCAGGUUCACGGCCUCGCUGACAUGGCAGCCACCGGCCUCCACUGGGUCGCGCCUUCACAUUGUGUUUGUGAUUUUACCUUGUGGCAUCUUGGCAGCCCCAGUGGAAAACGUGCUGCUGCUUGAUUGCUCCAAAGAUCCCAGGGCAGUCGAAGAAACCUUCGCCAUCCUGCGCUGCCCGGCAAACGUCACUGGACCGGAAAUGAUGGUGCAGGAUCUGGGCUGCUUCGGCCUCAAGGCCGAAUUCGCCCCUCAGUGCAAAUUCAACAUGUCUGUGAAAGCAAACUGCACCUCCCUGCGCAACUGCACCACAUCCACGUGCAAAACCCCGAGUCCCGUGGGGAACCUUACCUUAGGGGAGCGGACCAACAGUUCUGUAGUUCUACACUGGCAAAACCCAGUUGACUGCUGCUCCAUGGCCUCUGAAGGCAACUUUAUAAAUUGCACGGCCUACAUCUCAGGGCUGUUGGCUGGGCAGGACUACGCCAUGACAGUAUACACAACACUGGACGGAAGACUUUGCAAGGGGACAUCCACCAACAUGACCACCAUGCCUUCUCCGGUCCUGAAUGUCACGAUAGAGAAUCGCACCGUGGAUUCGCUGAGGGUUCGGUGGGCACAACCCAGUGACCAUGGCGCAGACUCCUACCGCUACAAGGUCUGCGUGGCGUCCUGCAACGAUACUUUCAAAAGCCCACUCUGGGUGACAGGACUGGAGGCUGGAGUGGCAUACAGCGUUGUGGUCUACGCCGUCACCGUCACCGACAUCUGCAGUCCUGGGACAGCCAUAACUGCCGCCACAGUUCCAAGACAGCCCAGGAACAUAAGGGUGACAAGUUACAGCACCCACAACCUCUCCAUUUCCUGGGAUCCUCCUGCAGACCGCAAUAGUUCGCAAUAUUUGUACUGGGUGAGCUGGUUCAGCGAAAAUGCCACAGAUCCCUUGUGGAACGGGAGCACGUGUGGCACCAACCACGCCAUUGAUAAUCUCCAAGCGGGAAACCUAUACCAGGUGAAAUUGGCCUCCGAGAUCAACGGUAUUAAGAGCAAAGAAGCCAUAAAGUGGACUCUGACAGCCCCCUUCCCCCCUACUAAUUUUAGAGUCAAAAACACCACCCAGACUACAGCUGAGUUAGCCUGGGAGACCCUGAGCUCGGAUCUCAGAGGCUUUAAGCUCCAGUGGAAGAAUUUGACCGAGUCCAAAGAACAUGACCUGCAUCUGGACCACCCUUCAACAAGAACAGCUCUUUUGAGCGGCCUUACUCCGAGCACCAACUACACCUUCACCAUUUCGAGCGUGGCGGAAAAGAGAGACCUGAUGACUUACAGCAUCGGCGUCCAGCGAAAAGGGGUCACAAAGCCGGAGUACGUAAGAGAUGUGAAAUGCCAGGCCCUGCGAGGGGGCCACAGCCUGGAGUUGUCCUGGAUAUGCCCGUCUCGUGAGAUCAGCGGGCUCAAGGUCCUUGUGUCAGGCAAGGUUUGGGGACAUUGGCCAAGCUGCAAAGAGUCAAUGGUGAUUCGUGAACUGCAACCGGCCACGCGUUACUGGAUUGAAGUGGAGACCUGCUGGUACAACCAGCACGUAUCUCAAAGUUUGUGUUGCCCCACCGACAGUGCAGGGAUCAUAGGUGGAUCUCUGUUUGCUGGGCUGAUUCUCUUAGUCAUCCUGGGCCUGCUGCUAUUCUAUUUCAUGAGACAGCGGAAGCCAACGGAUGUCCUAGAGAAGCAGAAACCAGACAUGGGGCUACCGCCAGGAGGCCUGGAAUCCGUGUCUGUGCUGGCUUUCUCGGGUUACUGCUGUGAGCACUUCUCGGAUAGCGGCUUUGGUUUCGCCAUGGAGUACCAGCAGCUGCAGGACAUGGGGAUCCGGCAGCCCCAGAGUGUGGCAGAGGAGCCUGAAAAUCGAGCGAAGAAUCGCUACAGCAAUGUUCUGCCCUAUGACCACUCACGAGUCCAGCUCUCCCCCAGGCCUGGAGAUCCCAGCUCAGAUUACAUCAACGCCAGCUAUAUGCCUGGCUACGAGAGGGAAAAGGAGUUCAUAGCUGCCCAAGGCCCUCUGCCUGGGACAGUAUAUGACUUCUGGCGCAUGAUAUGGGAGCAGCAGGUCGUGACCUUGGUCAUGCUCACCAACUGCAUAGAGAAUGGACGGGUGAAAUGUGAACGCUAUUGGCCCCUGGACUACAUCCCUUGCACCUAUGGUGACAUUACCGUAUCCGUCGUCACAGAAACCAUCCUCUCCGACUGGACCAUCCGGGACUUCAGCAUCAAGCGGGUGAACGUAUCCGAGACCCGUCUCGCAAGGCACUACCACUACACAUCAUGGCCUGACCACGGUGUGCCCCAUGUCACGAGCACCAUCCUUCACUUCCGAGACCUGGUGAGGGAGCACAUAGAGCAGCACAACGGCAGCGGUCCGACUCUAGUACACUGCAGCGCUGGCGUGGGCCGGACAGGGACGUUCAUUGCCCUCGAUUCCUUGCUGCGCCAGGCCUGGGACAAGGGAGAGAUUGGUGGCUUUUCAUUUGUCCAGAGGCUGAGGGCAAACCGCCCACUCAUGAUUCAGAAUGAGUCUCAGUACAUCUUCCUGCAUCGGUGCCUCCUGGACGGAAUCCAGCCUGCAAUACAGAACGACAGCGAAGAGGCGGAAUACACUGCUGUGUACGAAAACACCUUGGCUCUCCAGGACUGCGAGGUGACGCGCAUGUGA